AUAAUUGCCAUUUCCUCCACCCACCAAGCCAGCAAUCAGCCACCGCCGGUGGGGAUGGAGCUAUAUAAGUGCCAGCCAUGCCAGAAUUGAUUCAUUCUUGUACAUUGAGUGUUUAAGUGGAAACUCUGUCCAAUUUUGAUUUCAUUGUUCAAUGUUGUAAAAAUAAAUACUGUGUGAAAACUCUGCAUAACUUUUAUUUGAGCUGUUACAAUCAGAAGUGGUACGAAUAAAAUGAAAAGACGACAUAAUAAAAUAUCUACGUCACAACGACAAAGUGAACAGUCGGAAUCGGAUGAUGAUUCAGGAUCCAGUACACCACCUGCAAGGAAGUUGUUAAAAAAAUUACUGGAAAAAAAUGUUCAGCAAGCUGUACAGGAUCUUCAAGAUGAUGAGCCCUCCAUAAGCAAAUCUAAACAUCACCGUGCCGCUUCUUUGAUUCCAGAAUUCGAUCCGGAUGUAGAAGAAUAUACUAUUGCAGCCUGGAUUAAGAAAGUAGAUCAAAUCGGAGAUAUUCAUGGAUGGAAUGACGAAAUAAAAUCUUUCUACUUGCAAGACAAAUUACGAGGUCAAGCAAAAAAAUGGUACAAUCGUCUAGACAAUUACGAUUACUCGUAUAUCGAGUGGAAGGAAAUGUUGUUGCGUGCUUUUCCUAAACACAGGGACUACGGUGGUAUGCUAGAAGAAUUAUUACGUCGUAAAAAACUACCCACAGAGUCCAUGACAAAAUAUUAUCAAGAUAAAAUUGCCCUGUGCUUUCGAUGUAAAUUAUCUGACAACGCUAGCGUUUCUUGUAUUAUUCGCGGCCUUCCAAUAUCCUUGCAAGCAAAUGCGAGAGCUUUUCAGUGUCAAACCCCAGGUGAGCUUUACGAAGGAUUUUUGUGUGCCCUUGAUGAUUAUAAUGCUACAUCACAUGAUCCUGGAUGGCAAAAAACGAAUCGGCAAGUAAUUGAUAAGAAAAUCUUUGCAAAUCCAGAAACUGAUCCGUGCCCAAGAUGUAAAAAGACUGGUCAUUUACUGCGAAAUUGUAGCCUACCAGAUACUCGCACUUGUUUUAAGUGUGGUAAACAGGGGCAUAUAGCAUUACGUUGUCCAUCUUCUUCAUUAAAUAAUAAGAUUACAAACACCAGCAAUAGCACAAAGGAAAUAAACUUAUUGAGUCAGUACAGCGAUAAUGUUUACAAGAAAAUAGCAAAAAUUAACGGCGUCCAUGUCAAAGCUUAUAUUGAUACCGGGAGCCAAGUUAACGUACUAAAUCAGCAAGUCGCAAGUGCAUUAUCCCUAGAAAUCAAACCUACAAGUGUAGUGCUAAAAGGUUUUUCAGGUGGAUUGACAACUAGCCAAGGAGAAGUAGAUUUUCAGCUAGAAAUUGAUGGGAUAACUAUGCAGUGUCAAGCUCAUCUUUCCAGCAUAAAUAUGAAUGGAGUAAAUCUACUAAUCGGACAGCCAAUAAUCAACAGCAAUGGAAUAACUUUAACUAUUAGCAGAUGCGUAGCAAAUUUCGAAUAUGUUUCUAAUUCCGUUUGCGAAACCGAAGCUGUUGAAGAGAAUAACAAAUUCAAGGUUGUAACUACCAGUGAGGAGCGUCUACCGCCAGGUGCUUCUAUAGUUCGUGUUCAAGUUUUAGGAAAUAGAAGAGAUAACGAUGUAGUGACUCCGCCACGACACUAUAACCUGCACGGUGUUUCCUUCUCUCUGCCCGCGACCCUGAUGCGUGGUGAGGAGGGCUACAUCAAAGUCGUUAACAUGGGCUCCGAGACUAUUGUGUGGCCAAAAGGAGAAGUGCUGACAAGAGCUGAAAGCUGUGAGGAGCCACACCGUCUGCAGCCAGUAAGCCAGAGUAUAGGCCAGGAGAACGUAUGCAACAUGUUGACGCGCUUAGUAGACAUCCUGUGGAUACCGUGA